AUGGAUGACUCCGAGUAUGAGAAAGGUUCAGCUGAAUCAGAAGCGCCAAAGACCGUCGAAAGUGCGCUGCAAUUACAAGCUAUGAGUAUGGUGCCGAAGGAGAAGCCAAGAAACAAUACCCAACAGGAUUCAGAUAACAAUUCCGCACAAAAGUAUGUUUCAUUUCCCCCCAUUCCCUGGCGAACCGAACGACGAGACGUUAAGGGAAACUCAAAGAGAACAACCGCAAGUGGGGGCAGAGACUGUAGAAGAAAAUCAAAAGGAACAACCGUAAGUGGAGGUAGAAUCAAAUCAGCAAGAGCCUCCCAAUGA